AUGCCUGAAUUAAAUCCUGUGGAAUUCAUUGCAAAACCAAGAUCGAUUGUAAUACCACCGCCACUGCUCCAACGUGAAAAUCGCAACGUACAUUACAACGAUACGAAUGGUAUCAUCAGUGAUGAUGAUGCUGAGAGUGAUAGUGACAACGAUGAUAUCGAUUUCAAUGAGCGACGUUUAUUCAGCAACAUCAACAACAACAACAACAGUCAUUUAGAUGCUCUCUUAAACUAUAGAGUCAAUCCUAUCGAUUUCGAUGACAACAGCAGCAGUAGCAGUAGUAGCAGCAGCAGUAGUGGUAGCGAUAGUGAAAUGGACAGUGACAAUGAUAAUCGCACUAAAUACAAGAGAUAUUCUAAUAGAUUCGACAACAGUAGUAUUAACAUUAGUAGCAAUAACAACAAUAAUUAUAAUAGCAGCAGCAGCAGUAGUUUAAAUAAUCAAAGUCAAUUAAGUAGUUUUAGUGAGCAUAUAAAAGAGAAACUGGAUGCACUGAAACGAAAGUGUGAUAUGAUGAAAAGUAAUACUUCUUCAGAGUUACUAUCUGCAGCAGCAGCUGCUACUUCUGGAUCGUUAUCACUGAGAGAUCCACCACCACUACCACCACCACCACCACUAUCAUCAUCGUUGUUUCUACCUAGAGGUUCAGAAUCUACACAUACAAGUAAUGGCGAUAGUAGCGAUAGAGCUACAUUGGAAGAUAGUAGUAGUAGUAGUAAUUCUUCAAGAUUCUUUCAACUGCUAAAUAGAUUAAAUAGAGGAUACAACAAUGACAAUGGUGAGAAUGACAUCAAUGGCAAUAGCAAUCCUCUCUUGCCAUUAUUAAAUGACAGACAUUCAACUCGUGUUGCAAUGCCCAAUGUAUAUACACUUCCACCUACCCCAUUGGUCAAUUUCAAAAAUUCAGCUUCAACUAGAUUCAAUGAAAGCAGUUUAUAUAAAAAUAGAACAAUUAACAAUAGUAAUAAUAGUAAUAAUGGUAAUAAUAAUAAUAAUAAUAAUAGUAGUAGAGGUUAUGGUGAUAGUUUAUUUAGUUAUAGAGGUAGAUUGAAUGAGAGUGAAUCAAGUGAGAGUGAAAAUGAUAAUUUUGAAAGAAGUAUAUAUUAUGAUCAUUUUCAAGAUCAUCUCGAUGAAGAAAUAGAGUCAGACUUUGAUGAUGAUGAUUAUGACGAGGAGCUGUAUGGUGAUCGUGUUCAGGUUGGUGGUAGCAGUAGGAAUCCUUGGGCUAUGAAGAGCGGCAGUAGUAGUAGUGGUAACUCGACUUCUAAAAUUCAAACAACAACAGUAUCACCUGGUCUAUUUAGUAGUCUGGAUGAAGAGGAUAAACAAUCGGUUAGAGAUCUCGUAUUGAAUAUCCACAAGGAGAAGCAGAUGUUGAACCACAGCUCUAUGGUUGAUCCGUUUACAUUCAAACCAAGUACCAACGGUGAUUUCACCAAGAAGCGAUAUCGUGAGAUUGAAACCAGUAUCAAUGAAUCAGAGAUCAACGAGGAUCUGGCGAGAAUGAAAGAGGGUAUAGAGAAUAGCAAGAAAACAACACUUAGUUUAUUGAAUAGAAUAUUGGAUACACUACCACCAAAACCAACAACAUCAUUACCAACAUUACCAACAUCUACCACAACUACAACGACUACAACAACAACAACUACCACCAACAAUUCAACAUUACCAAGCAACAAAAAAUUAGCUUUUAAAACAGCACCAUCCAACGAACGAAACGAAAUCUAUAAACAAAGACAAUCGCAAUUGAGUAGCAGUAGUAGUAAUUCUAUCAAAUCAUGUGGUGUACAACUAAAGAAAAGAAGAUUGGUUUUGAAUAGAACCUAUACUUUAAAAUAUAAUAAUGAAAUUGUAUGUCAAGAGUCCUAUACAGAAGAACCUGACAAUUAA